GAAAGGAGACCGAGAAAGCCAAAGAUCGAUGUGAUAAAGCCACUAUGAAGCUUCAUAUGUUGCAUAAUCAGUAUGUGUUGGCAUUGAAAGGAGCACAGUUACAUCAGCACCAGUAUUAUGAUACUACACUUCCUCUGUUACUUGAUUCACUACAGAAGAUGCAAGAAGAAAUGAUUAAAGCUCUGAAAGGAAUCUUGGAUGAGUAUAGCCAGAUUACCAGUCUUGUAACGGAAGAGAUUGUGAAUGUCCAUAAAGAGAUCCAGACCUCGGUUGAACAGAUAGACCCUAACUCUGAGUAUAAUGACUUCAUAGAUACUCACAGGUCAGCAGAAGUUGUUGAACAAGAAAUAGAGUUUGAUACAUCUUUACUAGAGGAAAAUGAAAACCUUCAAGCUAAUGAGAUCAUGUGGAAUAAUCUAACAGCAGAAAGUUUACAAGCCACGUUGAAAACUGUAAUAGAAGAACUGAUUCAGACACAGCAAACCCUUUUGAGCAAAGAGGAACUUGUUUUGGAACUGGAAAAAAAAAUAGAAGAGUCCUCUAAGACUUGUGAAAAGAAGUCUGAUAUUGUACUCUUGCUGAGCCAAAAGCAAGCACUGGAAGAACUUAAGCAAACAGUUCAGCAAUUAAGAUGCUCUGAAGCAAAAUUUGCAGCCCAGAAAGAACUACUGGAACGAAAGGUUCAAGAGAAUGAUGGGAAAGAGCCACCACCUGUAGUGAAUUAUGAAGAAGAUGCCAGAUCAGUGACCUCUAUG